AUGACAGAUGAGAAGCUAAUGAGCCAGUGCGAAAUGGAUACUUAUAAGUCAUCAGGCCCAGGGGGACAACACCGGAACAAGCGGGAAUCCUCUGUUCGAAUAAAGCAUCUUCCAACUGGCAUUAUUGCUCAGGCAGCAGAGGAUAGAUCGCAACACAAAAAUCGGGCAGCGGCUCUUUCGAGACUACGGUCACUUUUAGCCAUUAAAGUCAGGAACAAGGUCGAUCUUGAUACGUAUGUGCCUCCUAUAGAACUUGUUCAAAUCCUUCCCGCAAAGUCAACCAUCAGAGGAUCAGUCAAAGGGAAUCAGAUUGGCCCAAAAAAUCCGAAAUUUGCUCUGGGAAUGCAGGCUUUACUUGAUCUGAUUUUUGCAGUGGAGGGUUCUGUUUCAGAUACUGCAAAGAAGUUAGGGUUAAGCACUGGAGCUUUAUCACGGUUGAUAUUAUCCGAUGAUUCCCUUAGAAUGGCUGUCAAUGAGUUCAGGGCUACUAAGGGAUUGAAGCCACUCAAGUAA